AUGUUUCCUUCCAAUUCGCCUGCGCCGACUACUCCUACGAACGCGCCAGUUUCGCCAACCCCUAGUCAGACUGGUGCCGCCCCGGCCGCCCAAGAGCAACCGCACUCCCACUCGCAUGGUCAGCCGCAUACGCACGUGUCGCACGCCAUGCUCAUCACCGUGCUCACGCGCGCGCUGGACGACAAGCAGCGCGAGGUGGACGGGCUAAACCGCGAAGUCGAGCAUCUCGAGCAGCACCUUGCCAAGGCCGGGGCACGUCCUGACCUUAUUCUUCAUGUCCACUCCCCCCCUCGUCAGGCUGUUCCCGCCCCUGCGAUGAUGCCCAUGCCGACGCCGACCCCGAUGCCGUUUCGCGUCGAAGAGGGGAGCUCGAAGGGCAAAGGCAAGGAGAAAGCGCAUUUCCCGGCGGCCGACAUGAUGGGAUUUGACUCCGACUUGCUGCAAGCCCUCGACGACUACAAACUCAACGGGUCCUCCCCCCAGCAAGCUGAGAAUAUCAAGGCCCGGCUCGAUGCAGAGAUCGCACAAGGUUCGGGCUACGCCCUGCCGGAUAUGCUGCCCAUGAGCUCGCUGGCUCACCAGAGCCCACGGGACCAGCUCGAAGAGGAGUACGAGCGCGCGAUAGCCGAGUCUGAGAAACUGCUCCAGUCACCGUCGUCGGUCCUCAGAUCGUCGCCUCCCUGGCGCCCCCAUACGCACGCCCAGUCGCACAUGCACGUGCACGGUCACGCUAAAAUCCCAGAGCUCGCACCGGGCCCGCGGAACGACGCAUUCCUCGCCCAGCUCACUCGUCAGAUGGUGGGCUACGUGCCAAGGUGA